AUUUUUAGCGUGUCACAUUCCAAUGUUGUAGACAGAGUUCAUGAUCGUGUUGCACGUAACGAACUCGUGGUAUAACGUUACAGCGCUGGACGCAUUGUGGGACACUCUGUGCCGGUUUGUUUUAAAUUUGACGCGAGCUGCUCCAACAACAUUCGUUAGUGUAAACUUUACGCCGUACUGCUGUGUACAUACACUUUACUUCAGUUGCACCGGUCAGGUACCAUCAGUUCCUAGCAGACAGUGGAAGCAAGCGCAGCCUUUAGUGAUGCAAAGAGCACGAAUACUAGUGAUGUUGACCGUGCUUCUAGUGGAGCACUGUAAGUGUUGGUCUUCCGGUGCACCAUCCAAGAUUACUCUAGAUAGUCACUUUACGUACAUUAUACUGGGCGGGGAUCAUGUGGCGGAGAGCAUUGGAAGGUACCUUUCGUCGAAGGAUACCAAUAAAACGGUACUAGUACUUAAAGGCAGCCGCUGUAACGAUGUACUGGAGCCAUCCGAACCGUCGAAACUGUGGCUGGAGGUAUCGUACCUCUUCGCCGAAAGUGCUCACUAUCUGGGCUAUGAGUUUAUCGAUCCGUUUCUGCACGGUUCUAAGCCGGGCAUUGCUUUUACGAAUCAAACAUCGAGCUUCAUCCCGCCGCUUCAACAGCUGUAUGCCGUGGAUCCAAAUCUGAAGAUGCUGACUGAUGCUAGACCUCAGAGAAUCAUCUACAACAAGGCAUCUUCAACAGCACUAGGAGUGGAAGUAAGCAUCAACUUUGAAUCUCAAUACCUUUUUGCCAAGGAACUCAUAAUUGCUGGGCGAUGUUUGGAGGAUUAUCAACUACUUUCUCAGGCGGAUAUUCUUCCAUUGGAUUCUCUUAGCAAGCUGCUCAACGACGUACCUCUAGAGAUUGCACUGAAAAGCCCAAUUAUUGCUCCGAUCUUCACGCUCAAUGAUAGUCCAACGAUCAGUCCUGCGCCUCCCAACAAACAGCCAUACUGUUUACUAGCUACAGAACUGUUCAUCGAAACACUUUCAAAAUCUGGAACUGCCCGAACCCUUACCACCAAACAGGGCAUACAGCCAAACGCUAAGGUGAACAUUGUCCUGAAAGAGCAACCACCCCAUCGCUGGAUAGGAUUCAAUCCCUCCGUCAUCUAUCAGGAAUCAGCCGCAGAGCUAAAUGAUCCACCAACAAUAUUUAAAGUCCUUGCAGAUACAAUUGAAGUUUGUAUACGGUUGGGCACAAGCCAAACAUUUCAAAAGCUAGGCCUAUCGCUUCAACCACACCAGCUGCCUGACGCUGCCUCCUCAACCUGCUCACCGAACCAACCCGACAGCGUGCUCUGUUUUGUAAACUAUACGCUAUCCACCGUGUACAACAGUGACGAGGACCACGACUCCCGAACAGUGCCACCGCCAUUCAAAAUGGAACAUCUGGCGGAAGACUUUCGGUUAAAAUCGUCUCGAAAUCUACGACUCUUACCGUUUGGCCUUACUUCACCCUUUCUGGAGCGCUGGUGGAAACGGAUAUUCUCACCGAGGAAGGUGAUACGAGAAUAUACGACCCGGAUCGGUAUCUUGCGUCCGGACCUGACCCAAUUUAACGGCUUUUCGAUGGAAGCGCUGUUGGACAAGCUGAGAGAACGAUUAAAGGCGAUUGAAAGCAUGCCACCGAAACAUUAGAUAAGGGA